CUGGCGACCAUGUCAUUGCAAGGUACGUCUUGGGCUGUUUUGUCGGUCCUGACUACUUUGUUAGUCAACCUCCUUUUGCCCAUGAUCUGCAGAUGAUCUGUUCUUGUGCAGUACUAUCCUUGCUCAUUAAGCAUAUCUUUCAAUGUCGCUCGUCACAUGGAGUAUGCCGUCAAUAUGGCGCAUUCUGUGAGGAAACUGCUUUCAAUCAAACUGACAUAUGUUCGUAUCAUGCAUCUCAUCGGUUGCCACCGUCUUCCUUCAUCCAGUCAUCGCCGGGCUGGCUUUUCUGUUCUCCCUCGGCAUACUUCUCCAAAUCCUGGGAUGUGCCUUGUACAACAAUUGGUGGCCUAUGCUGACAGCGUUGAUGUACGUCAUGGUCCCAAUGCCCUGCCUGUUCUUUGGGGGCGGGAGCGCUUCUGACUUCAUAUCCGCGGACAAUGAGACGGGGUGGGAAGAUGCAGCCAAGUUCUUGACUGGAUUCUCUGCAGUUGGAAGCAUUGCCAUUCCAGCAAUUCUGAGGCAUGCUGAUCUGAUAGCGACAGGGGCAAUGUUUAUUGAGUUCUUGUCGUUUGGUGUUCUGCUGGUUACGGUGUUGCUGUAUCAGCGGAUCAGCCGGGAAGACGAAUGGUAGUAAUAGCGGACCAUACUGCGGGUCUUUAAUUGACAAUCAGUAACUGUACAUACAUACAUAAGGACAUUGGAUCAAGCUAGCAAGGCAAAAAUACAAGGUUCGUAUAUUGCAAUGGUGCCAGCGAAUGAUGGAGUGAGUUCCGACUCUUGACUCUCAGGUUUCUCGAAAUCUACACAUAGCUCCUUGUGAACAACGCCGACGGUCGUCAGCCUGGUGCGC